GUGGUUGACUUAUCAAAUCUCUCGGGGAAUAAAAUUACGGUUGGUUACUUCCAGUUAAUCUUCAUUCUGCUUAAAAUACAACCAAGCCCAGGCACUGCAAUAAAAGCGGUACCAUUCCUAAUGGACUUUUUAGUGCGCGAUGCACAAAACUGACAUGGUUUGUUAUGUCUGGUGUAACUUCUAAAUAGUGUGAAUUUAAACACUACGGUAAUUAGAGUGAAUGUAGCUUCAAGAGCGGCAUUACAGCGAAGAUGCCCUGAUGAGCAAAAUCUCAGAAGCGCUUUUUAACUAUACGUCACCAGAGUAUGAUACAUCGUCCCGAGUGAAGACCAGACGAUACAGCGAUGGUGUGAUCGAGAGGGAGUCGGCACUCCAGACCACAUUUCCAACUCCAGUAUAAGUGCAGUUUAAUGUUCACCUACUUCAGAGACACCUUCGCUGUGGAGUGUUUUGGCGGGAUUUUUUUUUAUAGAACAUUCGUCUAAGAGGUUGUGCACGUGUCUCCAAGUGCAACUGGAAAUUGGUUUCUGCUGUGGAUAGUUUGAACUGGUGAAGAACUUCAACGACCGAAUACUAUUGAAAUUUCAUGAUGAAACGCUUGUGUUCUGCAGAGAUGUGCUCUUUAAAAACAGGUAUGACUGAUUACGUGCAAGCAACGAAAUGAAUGUUGUGUAUAUUAUUUGACGUGUGCUUCUUUGUGCAAGAGCCUGUUAGAGUUUAUCAACAAAGAGCAACUCUGUUUGUCAGAUGCUGUGAAUUGAUGAUGUAGUCUUAAUGUGAUUCUGAGAUAAACACACCGUCGCGGAUCCUUCAAGCUGCUAUUAGCGAUUACGUAUGUACGCCAGUCACAACGAUUUGUCUGCAAUCUGAACCGGUGUCUAUUAAACAGAUGUUUCGCUCAAAUUGUAAUGUAAACAGCAAGUGAAGCUUAUGUUCACAGUGUUUGGAGAAACAGCGUGUGACUACGUGUUAAAAAACAUCAUGGUUUAAGUUUAAAGCGAUCACAUCGGCUUGUAUCAUCAUUAUCUCAUUUCGUUCGGAAGAGCAUCUCAUUCUAUACAACCAUGGAAAACAAUACAACGUUAGCGAACUAUACGGGAGACGAAUGGACGGAAGACAAUACACCGUCCGGUUCCAAAGACGGGUGGAUUUACGCCUUAGAGAUUACCUUUGGCGUUGUGGGGACGGUUGGGAACUCAUUAGUGUGCCUCAUCAUCAUCCGCGCUAAGUUUCUACACAACAUGACAAAUUAUCUCAUACUGAGUCUUGCCGUGGCUGACUUCGCCGCAUCCUUGAGUCUCAUCUUCAACGUCUUCUUCGUCGACGACGGUAUCACGUCGGCACCCAAGAGAGCCUACAUAGCGGGUGGGGAGCUGUAUUGUAGACUCUACGGAAACCUCUUCUUCUUUUGGGUAUGCGUUACGGCGUCCGUCUUCAACCUAAUCGUCGUAACUCUUGAACGGUUCUUUGCGAUCGUCUUCCCGCUUCACUACAAUCAUUACUUCACCAACCAACGGAUCGUCAUCCUGGUUGUAUUGACUUGGGUGUUAGCUGUUCUGCAAGAGUUUUUCGCCUUGCUUAUAAACUCCUACGACGCUGAGAAGGAAGUAUGCGCGUACGGCUUCCCAAACAUUGAAACCCAAGUCGCUAUUGGAUUGUUCAUUUUCUUAACUUCGUAUUUCUUGCCACUUGUGGUGAUGAUUUGGGCGUAUUACAAAAUCAUGCGGAACCUGCAACAGUCUGCGCGUACUUUGCUGAACCAACAGACAGAGGAUCCAGCCUACGCACUCCUCCGCGCCAGAAAGAAAGUUGUCCAGGUCCUGUUCACCGUUGUCAUGGCAUUUCUAGUUUUGUGGACUCCGAACCAAGUGGUGUACCUGUUCGAAAAUCUAACCUUUACGAUCCUAGAGACGGACCACAUUUUGUACGCAUUGUUCCGGCUGAUGGCGUUCUCCAAUUCCGUCGUGAAUCCGUUCAUUUACGGCUUCAAAUACAAACAGUUCCGGAAAGGGUUCCGGGUGGUAGUGUGUGGCAAAUGCAUGGUGAAUAACGUAGGGGGCAGUCAUGAAUUGUCCACCACGUAGUAAUCAGAACAUAAUUUCCAGUUAAAUAUGCGAACCCAAUUUCAUAGAGCUACUUAAGCAGAAAAAGUAGCUAAGCGCAACAAAAUGAUGCUUACCAGACUUAAAAGGUUACCAGCCAGAGGUACAAUGUGUUACUUGUAUCUUGCUGUUUUUUGCUUAGCAAAAAGAAUAUGAACACAAUUCUCUGCUUAAGCAGUCCAAUGAAACUUGGCCCCGGUCAACUAUGUUGUAUCACUAGCAUAAUAACGUCUUAUUCAAACAGUAGAACAGUAUUCUAUCCAUCAUAAAUAACUGUACGUAAAGAUAUCGCCAUCUUGCAUGUAUUCUUCACUGGCGUACAGUAAAUGAGUUACGAAUGCGGUGGCCAGAUUAACAAUCCGUAAUCAUAACAUUAUUACACCAAGUUUUUAACCGUUGUUUGCAAUAAUUGUAAGCGUUUUACCUUCUUCGCUUUUUAAAUUCCAAAAUGGAGCGAACGAAUUAUAUGAAUUCGUUCAAAUUUCCAGUGUUUUUCAGGUUAUGUGAGGUGAAAGUUAUGUUGUAACUAGUAUUUGUCAAGCAAUACAUUUUCAUCGGUUCUUCUGGUAAACAAUGAAGUUAAAUUUUCUUUUAAACUCUGCUGCACUUUUGAUGUAAAAAAAAAAAUUACUUGACGUAUUCAUUCGAGCAAUCCAAUGCUCUUACGUAUUAUAUUCUAAAGGUCACUGGCUGCGAUAUCGUUUCAUAUCUUAAAGUUAGAAGCAAUUAAUGUAGGAGCAAAAUGUUGCUGUUUGAGUAUGCACGAGGCUUGCUCGGUCUAUACCCGUAGGAGGUACCCUAAUUCUUGACCUUUUAGUUGUGGUGUCCACGGUUAACUUGAGGCUGCACUUCUCACACGUCUUUGUAUCGUAGACACAAACACACAACCUUACGUAGUUACGGGGUACUUCUAUUGUUGUUUUGUUAUUCCCUUGGCUGUGGGGUACCACUAGGACAGACCUUGUGGGGUAGUAUGCUUCCAUUGUUAAAAGUACCCCGUAAAUUGGCGUGCGUAAGGGCACACACACGCACUGCAUACAUUAGUUGAAAAUUGUCAUUAGUUUGAUAGUUGAACUGCACCGUUGUGUCUUUUAAGACAGUUAAAGGCCGUGUCUGAUUUAACGGCUUCGGAAGUGGCUAUGGCCGGAACUCCAAAAAUCCCUAGGUCGAAGCCGUAGCCGAAGUCGCUUGAUACGGACGAAGCAUGAACAGUAGUUCAGAUUGCAACUUGCUCGUUAAUCACUUCAGCCAAAACAGCAAAACUUGAAAGUGAGCGGGCAAACAUGUUAUGCUUGUGGUUACAGAAAUGAGAAUGCUUGCGUACAAGCUAUAGUCAACUUAAUACACAAUGAUGGCUACGUACUCUACAUCACAAUCGUUUGGAGACGAACUGUAUGUCUAGAGUUACAAGCAGACUGUGCUAUCGUCUAAACUAAUGUAAUACGUCACAUCGAAUAAGCUCCAUCAGCUAUUUAACUCUGUCAUGUCACACAACUACGGAAAUGAAAUGUUAGCAAACGAGCGUCUGUUCUCAAUUUCCUAUCGGACAUUGUUCUGUGUCACGUACACCCAUUAGAUAAUACGUGGUAUCACCAAUGUUUUGUUCAAUCUUUAUUUUAGUACAUCCCCCAUAUUCUUAUGAUAUUCAAAAUAAAUCUGUCUUGACUAUGCAUAUAUUAUUUACAAAAGUGACAACAAUAUAGGUAAACGCUUGAAGAUAAAAGGGUACAACUGGGCCAUGGGGUGGGUUUUAAAGAGUAAAUAUUGGUCUUAUCUCGAGUUAGAGGACGACUCACGUGUCAUACCUUCGGACAAACUUAAGUUUCUACUUAUGACUUUAUAGUCAUAAAUUAGGCCAAUCUUGUUGAAAUUGACCACUGACUACUUUAUUUGUACAAAGAUGGAACUCCAGCCGUCGAUUUCAAACUUUUCCUAAGUUAGGAUUAAUCUUAGAACUUAGGACGGUUCAGUUCCGUAUCCAAAUGCGUAGGACGCAUUGGAUCCCAACCUCAGUUAUGACGUAGUUACUCGUCCUAAUCCUAGCAUUUCAUGAAAUCGGCUGCAGGCUCCUGGCUUGGUUGUGAUACCUUUAGGAGAGUUUGUCUGCUCGAUGGGAAAGGUAGUUUUAGUACCGAGACUAUUUUGACACACCUUCGACAAAUACAAUAAAUGUAUAGCCUUAGAUAAUGUUUAAAUAAAUAAUAUGAACACAUCCAUGCGUUAGUUAAUGGCUUGGCAAAUGAACUAUCUGUAUUGAUAUUAGUCUGAGUAAAUAUGAACCAUAUUGACUCUGAAAUGUCACAAUUUUAAUUUCCAAGCAUGUUCACAAACUGACAACACCCGUUCCUACGCUAUUCAAGCAUUUCAUGUAAUCGUUGAUGUGUAUGAGUUGGGAUGCAUUUUGUUGAUAUCAUGAUCCACACUGAUAGUCAAGCUGUUGAUACGUGGCUAAGACAUACACGUGGAUGGCAUUUGCUCAUUAAGUUUGGUCGUUUAAGGAUAGAAUGAACCCCGUGUUACGCAUUACAGUGCACUUUGUUCAUCUCCCCAGGGAAAAAACGUAAAAGUACCGGUAAACCAUUACCCUAGAAAGGAAACGUACAUCAGCCUUUUUCUCUUAAAAUGCCUGAUGACCUUUUCCUCCCAGGUAAGUGCAAUAUACAGGCUAAAUGGGGGUAACUAAAAUAAAAACGUGAAGUACUCAUGAAGUGCACACACCUGUUUGCACCCCAGCAGCAUACGUGAGAUUGAGAUUGUCUGGGCUGUUUUGGGGGCCCUUGCUAUAAUUUAGCUUCUUGUUUUUGUUUUUGUGGUGUGUUUUUUUAGUUCUUUGCAGCCCAUUAUAGCAAUCAAUGUUUCGAAAAUGAGGAAUCGAUCUCAAACAGUGAACCUUUUGAUUUAUACUUUUUGUGGGGGUGGCAAUAUCCCGUUUAAACUAAACGUUGUAAAAAAAAUAAUGCGGUUUUGGGUCACACAGCAACUAAACCUUGGCUCAAUUGGAAUUUAACCUCCUUGCGAUUUCACAGCCUGCUAUCUUGCGAUACUAUUACAAAAUGCCAAGUGAAGAGUACAAACAGAUUAUUUCCCGUACUACUUUCAUUCUCUCGGUGAAUAAAAAUGUGCUCGAACAAACAAUACAUUGCAGGCGCCACACCGCUAAACCUAAGGGAUCAUAUCGACUUGGCUCAGUGAAUGUACACAUUGAAGAUGAUAACCAAAAUGCUUACACUGUCGUUGGGACCGCAAUGUAAACGGAGAAUUUGUUGUCAUUUUGAACAGCUUUGCGGAUGAAGUAGCACACAAAUUGACAGGUUUUAUGUUCACCAAAUUGGUUUGAGUUGAGACCAAGGUUCUUUUCAGAACCACCCCAACUCAUUAGAGAUAGUCAUUACAUGGUGUUACCGCAAACCUUUCCAAAUUGUAUUUCCACCAUAUCAAAGUCUUAUAUAGCCGCAAAGUUUCAAAUCCUACAAAUUGUUUUAAGUGGUAUUUAUGAUGCCGAUUGGACGAGUCAUGCGGGAACUAAAUAAGCCCCGUGUCAAAGACAAGUUAAACGUGCAUCAAUAUGUCAUUGUCAUAAAAGGUCACUUUACCUUUCCUGUACAUAAUUCCUCUUUUGAUUAAAACGACUCCGACCUUGGCCCAAUUUCAUAGAGUUGCUUAAAGGAACACGUUGCCUUGGAUCGGUCGAGUCGGUCUUUGAAAUG